AUGAUAAAAAAUACACAAGAAGAUGGUGGGAUCGAUAGCACUUUUGCCAGUGAUACUUUUGAAAGUUCACAAAGUGGGAGUGAAGAAUGGGAAAACAGUGAAUUGUGGGGAAGUAUAAAAGAGGAAGAGGAAGAAGAGGAAGAAGAGAAGGAAGGGGAGGAAGGGGAGGAAGAGGGGAGAAAAGAUUAUAAUGGUUCACCGGUAGAUAAUGGUAAUAAUAAUUUAGCAAACUUCAACAAAAAUCAGAUUGAAAGAGAUUCACAAUUAACCAAAGCUCCUUCGAAUGAAAUAUCUUCAGUAAAAUUUACUAAAAGGCAUAAACUGAUCAUCAAGAUAUAUUCUGCCACGUCUACAAUUGGAUCUUCUUCUGUUACCAUUGACAACGAUCAAAUACUACUACAGACAACAAUAAAAACAAUAAUACUAAAUCUUCAUCCUCUACUGGAAAUAAUAAUCAACCAAACUAAAGGUUUCUUUGAGGCCGUAACCAAACAAAUCACAAAUCCCAAAGAAAAACCUACCAAUGCUAAUAUUAAUGAAUCAAUCAAUGACACUAGCAACAUUUAUGAUAACAACGGAACUUAUAACACUAAUGCAAUCUUUAAUUUGGAAUUUUAUUUAUCAUUUCGAAACAUGGAAAAUAUGUCUAAUGGUAAUAACGAAAAUAUCGUAGAGAAUGUGAUGGAGAGUACAAUUGUUGAAACUGAGGAGCAUCCAUUCACAUUGAAGAUAAAAAUACCAAAUCUUGUUGACAAGUCUCAAGUUUUUGAAGUUAGACAAUGGUUAAUUGAUUCACCAGAAACUUCUAAUUAUACAUGCUUUUCUCUAUAUUGGGACGGUAAAAAACUUGACGAUUACAAAGAGCUUCAAGAUGAAGGGAUUACUCAAGAUGCUGAUCUGGAAUUAGUGGAAGAGCCUUAUACAGAACGAGAAGCUCGCAUUCACAUUAUGCAUGUUAGAGAAUUACUUUCGGGACCAUUCAAACAAUCUUCUUCUUAUGUUGGAAUUGAUCCUGGCUUAUCAUUUUUCACUGCUGUCACUGGAUCCAAUGAUAAUCAACAAAUUAUUCAGCAGCCUCAACAAAACGGGAAAGCUAAAGAAGACGAAUCAAAUGUUCUUAAACCAUUAGAAACUCCAUUUUCUGAUUACGAUUUUUCUGCUCCUUCUUUAUCAAAAUAUGUACCUGAAAAAUUUUCAAGAUGUAGUAUUAAAUGUUUAGAAUCUAUUCAUCUUUCUGGUUGGAAUCCUGUGCCAUUUGAACGUCGUAAAAAAGGUGAUCUUUUGUUUCUUUCUGUUACAAUAAUCGAGGGAGAUAAUUUACAUAUCACUGCAUCGAUAAAUGGUUUUUAUAUCAAUAAAUCUACAAUGAAAAGUUUUGAUCCAAAUCCUAAAUCUGAGCUUCAAGUAUAUCAUGCACAUUCACUUGUCAACCUACUACAAGAGGUUUCACCUACGUUUCGUAAAAAUUUCAAAGAAUUACAAGAGUUUAACGUUAUGCAUCACCCUUUCGAAACUAUUCCUAUUAAUUCUUGCUUUCCUGCUUAUCCAUGGGCUGUUAAACAACCAAAGCAUACGUUUGAUAUGGGUCACAUUUCUGAAGUAUACUUGAAUGUUGGUAAUGAUGUGGUUGAUUCGCUUAGAGAUUGGAAUGAUGAAUUUCAAUCACAGCGCGAAUAUCCACGCGUCGAAUUAAGAGAUCGUGUACUGCGCGAAAGGCUUGUUAAUAAGAUUCAAUCAGAUUUCACAGAAAGUGCUGUCAGGGGUGCAAUUGCCGUGGUAAAUGGAAACGUCAUUCCAUUCAAUCCACGUGAUCCUUCAGAAGAGCACAUGUAUGUUUAUAACAAUAUUUUCUUUAGUAAAGCAUACGAUACACGUGGAACUUUUGCAAAGCUUGGUGGUGAUGAUGCAGCCCAUGUUGCAACAGGGAAAGAUUUAGAAGGAAUAAAAACAAUUAAUAUAGCUGAUAUAGAAGGAUUAUAUACUUUGGGAUGUGUUGUGGUUGAUUAUAAAGGCAUCAGAGUUGUGGCCCAAACCAUAGUUCCAGGAAUUUUUAGACGUCAAGAUGAUUCUUCCGUUGUUUAUGGAUAUUUUGAUAAUGGAAGAGAUAAACCUAAACUUUGUGCUGAUCCUGAGUUCCAUGAGAUUGUUGGUAAAGCAGCAAAAGUUUUACAUCUUGCUGAACACAGUGUUUCCGAUUCAAAAGGAAAUUCCGUAAAACUUCAUACUUCUUUAGAAACUAAGGUUUUUUCAUAA